AUAAUAUCAUUGUAACAAACAAACCAUAUCAGAGUUUUUUCAGUACACUUCUCAGUGCCAACUGCACUGUGCUUCUACAGUGCUUGUUAAGAAAGAAAAAAGAAAAAAAACUGUCGGCAGGCCGGGUUUUUUUACGUCGAUUACCACGCGCCGCCGUGAAGUGGUGGUCUAGAGGUGGCGACGGCGCCCCCAGAGUUCACUCGCAUUAUGGAGGGUCUGUGCUAUACUAUUGUUUUCUGCGUGCUGGUGGGCUCUGCCGCCGCUGCAGCUGCUGCUGUGGCUGACCCACAUUGGUAUCCAGCCACCGCUACGUGGUACGGGAGCCCGGAGGGCGACGGAAGCGACGGUGGCGCGUGCGGUUACGGGUCACUAGUGGAUGUGAAGCCGUUCAGAGCUCGAGUUGGGGCGGUGAGCCCGGUGCUGUUCAAGGGCGGAGAGGGCUGUGGCGCGUGCUACAAAGUGAAGUGCUUGGACCAGUCGAUAUGCUCGAGGAGGGCGGUGACGGUGAUUAUAACGGACGAGUGCCCCGGUGGGUACUGCUCUAACGGGCGGACGCAUUUCGACCUCAGCGGCGCGGCCUUCGGCCGGAUGGCGGUUGCCGGGGGCGGAGGGCAGCUGCGCAACCGUGGAGAACUUCCGGUCAUCUACCGGAGGACUCCAUGCAAGUACCCGGGGAAAAACAUCGCGUUCCAUGUUAACGAAGGAUCGACUGAUUAUUGGCUAUCGUUGUUGGUCGAAUUUGAGGAUGGAGACGGCGACGUUGGAUCGAUGCACAUACGAGAGGCUAACUCGAACGAAUGGCUGGAAAUGACGCACAUAUGGGGCGCGAAUUGGUGCAUUAUCGCCGGACCCCUACAAGGGCCAUUCUCCGUGAAGCUUACGACCCUUUCGACCGGAAAAACCCUCUCGGCAAGGGACGUGAUUCCCAGGAACUGGACUCCCAAAGCCACUUACACCUCGCGUCUCAACUUCAGACCCACGUAGUAAAGUUUAUAUGACAAUUAAAAGCAGAGUCUUACUUUUAUUAAUUCCCAUUGAUACCUAAAGUUCAGCUCCUGGUCGGUCCUCUUUUUUCUUUUUAGAUUAAAACAAAAGGGAAAAGAUAGCCAAGAAAAUGGCUAACUUCUUUCUCUUCUCACCCAAUGGUUUCCCCUACACUAUGUGUAGUGUGUGAAGUCCUUGUAAGUGUUUGCUAAAAUUGUAGUGUCAUUGUAGCCCUCUCCAAAGGAGAGAGUGCGCUUUAAAAGUGGGAAAAUGUAAUAGUAUUAUAGUAGUAUGUCUGUUUUUGUGGGAAUUAGGUAUAGUUGGUUUGUGGGUGCUCUUGUUUUUUCAUAUUGAGUUAUGGUAUUGUAAACUUUGUAUGUUGUUUGCUUGCUUUCUAGGAAAAAAGUGGAUGGUGUGGGACCUUUCAACCAUCCUUGUCUUGCUCACUC